AUGAGUACAAUAGUAUUUUCAACAUUGGAUACUAGCACUGGCUGGUCCCUAACUGGUCGAUCGACCUCGAUUACGCCCAUAAACCAUACUGGUCACAUAUCUAACUCGAUUACAACACUCUCGUCUUCGUCCAUAGCUUUGACUAGCUUUGCCUCCCUCUCGUCUAUCACAGAUAUCAGUUCAACCACUCCAACGGCUAAGCUCACGCCAGUGACACAGAGCCUCCCGGUAUCAACGUCCAAGCCCGCUGCAACCCAAUUUUCCACCGUGUUAUCACAAACAUCUGUUAACCAAAAUUCACUAUCCCAAACGCCGUCGAUCCCAUCCCCAGUCACUAGUGUUGCAGGGGUGUCAUCGGUCACAGCCUCAUAUCACGAGACCACGCUCUCGAACCAACAGUCCGAGACACCCGUCCAUCAAAAUACCAGGCCAACAUCGACGGAAGAGCCCCACCCUGUUCCCACCACCUCACCGGAGACAGUGAAGCCUAGCGCUCAUCGACUGUUCAUUAGCCUGGGUGACUGUGCCGAUUUCACUUCGCCAAGAUUGCGCCUAGGAGGGGGAGAACUAAGUGACCUAGUUGCCGUUGACGCUGGAAGGUUCGAAGUAGAAUUAAGGUCUGAUCAGGACUCGAACUAUUUCAGUCUUGAUAUUUCUUUAGAUGACGGUGGGAUCCGGUGUGGUACCAAUGAGCAGCCUUCAUGUACAGCUAUAUUUCUUGGCUAUGGAGGGGCCUCUUAUUUGGAAGCCAAUGUGAUAAUCUCUCGCAAGGUCACGGCAAUGUAUCCGUUUAGCAUCUGGUUGGAAGACGGGGUGGCAUGGGACGGCCGUCUUACUGAUUCUGCCGAGAAGAACUAUCAUUGCUGGGGAUGGAGCGAUGCUGAGUGCCCUAAUGCUUUUAAGAAUUCUGGCUCUAACAGCGUCUGGUGGACGCUCUCUUCAAACAAUCCAACUGGAAGUGUGUAUAUUGACUUUUGUCCGCCCGAUGGGCCUACAUGGUCCAAUGUCCCCCCGAACCCUAGUUCUGCUUCUCUCGGUUUAUCUGGUCCAACCGGGAAAAGCACGUAUAUUGUACUACCGACUCAAACUACUAUACCAGUCUCGACAUUUAUCAGGCCUAUUGAAGUCACUAAACUCGGCGCUCCGGCUCCAGAUGACGACUCAUUCACUCGCGGCACCCGCACAUUUUUUGUCGGAAAAGAAACGAUUACCCAUAUAUCCACGUUUAUAACUCCUAUAGCAGAGACCACGCGGGAUGGAGAAACUGGGCUUAUUAUUGGCUCUACGACAACUGUACUGGAAACAAGUUUCCUUGGCAUGCCUAUGCCAACCAGAAUAUCGUCGGAAGCCAAUACGAGCACUGCAUAUUUGCCCAUUCAGACAAUACGGUCUCCUUCCACCUCAUUUUCUGCUCCUGAAGCCGCCUCGACAUAUAGCUACAUCACAGAUAGCCUUGGGCUUGUUAUCUCUACUCUGACCUAUGACCCAACGGUUCCCCCCGCACCCACUAUUACAUCAGCUCCCGGGGCACAGUAUACCUUUACCUCAUGGUCGACAUGGAUGACGAUCAACGGAUCGAUCGCUCCAGCUAUUGCUGGCGAGGUUGGGGUGGUGUCCACAGUCUCGGAGACGUAUCUGUUCGAGUCUGGGUCUAUUAUCCCUGUCUCAGAGCUGAGCACUCGAAGUACGAAAUCCGCGCAAACAGGCACACCAUCUCCCACCGGGUUUGCCAAAACCAACGGCAAUUCAAGCGGCCAAAGCCAAGGCGGGAAGAUUGCAGGCGCAGUAGUCGGUACGCUUAUGGGACUGGUGCUAGGGAGCUUGCUGCUGUGGUAUAUCUGCCACCGCCGACAACGGAGACGAAGACGAGACAGCUUUGCGCGAGGUGAUCCUUCAUGGCUUGUACCCAGGCAUGAAGUCGGGUCGGGUAGCAGUUCAAGGCUGAGGGUGGAUCUGAACGAGGAGCCAAGGAUGAGUAGGUCGUAUAUCGAGCCAUGGGUGCCACCAAGGGCUAUGGUCCAGUCAUCAAGAAAGGGAGACCGGCCAGAGAUGGAGCAUGUGCCUAGAGUAUAUGGCGUUAGUAAAAUGGCUGCCACGAGCAGAGAGACCGAGUCAUCAAGCAAUGAAAGCGGACCAACGGAGUCUAAUCACAGUCUGAUAAUCCCAUACCAAGUCCCCGUAACCACCACUGCGCAAACCAGCAGAUCGACAUCUAAAAAUGAGCCAAGGCACCGGCCAGAUGUGAUGGCAUCUCACCAACCAGUCCCGACGAGCCACCUGAACUCAUCAUCUGCCAACCCAUCCUUGUCAUUGCUCCCGACCCCCUCUCUAAACGAGUCCCCUGGCCUGCUUACGUUGAUAACCCCACCUAUUCGAACUGUAUUGUUACCGACUCAGGCAGACCCUCCAACUCAAGCAGGGCCAUCUCGCAGACGACACGGAAGGGACGAGGAGCAGGGUGGGCAUGAUGCUAUCCCUCCACUGUAUAACGAGGCAUGGAAAACCGCACGAUAG